AUGCCAAACUCGUGUCAAGAACUACGCGACGCCCUCGCGCAAUGCCUCCAGGAAUCAGACUGCGUCAUGGUCCACCGCAACAAGGCCUCCGACUGCCUCCGCGAGCCCCUCUCCGCGACCCUCCCGACAAAGUGCCAGCAGCUCAAGAAGGGCUACGGCGAGUGCAAGCGCGGCCUGGUCGACAUGCGGAAGCGCUUCCGCGGCAACAUGCCCGUGACGUACCGGUCGAUGGAGGCGUCGGAGCAAGGCAAAGGGUACCAGCUGUACGCGGGCAAGUCUGCGUUUGGCGGCGGCGUCAAGGAGACGGACGGCAACGAGCCGAUUCCGCAGGACUGGAGGGAGGUGGAGAAUGAAAAGUACCGGCUGGAGCAGCAGAGGCUGGCCUCGGGCGGGAAGUGAGGGUUUGAGGGCUGGGAUGAGGAGAACAGGGAUGCAAGAAGAAAUAAGGAGACAUAUGAGCGAACUGCGGAGCAUGGGUAUGGCGUUUAUGGCGUUGAUUUGGAGUAAGAGAGGGAAAACAUUUCAUCUGGCUGGUUUGAUACCCGCGAGAUGGCUGGAAAUUCCAAAUGGAUGAACUUGAUACUUGGAUAUACUAUAGAGAGAAGGGAAUGGCCCAUCUUCCUCGGGGAGAGCAUGGCGCAUAUGGUAUGCGG